CAGUUUUGUUCUUGUACAGUCACUUCUCUCUGCCCUUCUUAGCCCUACUUGCAAUUCUGAAACCUAUUUCUUUGCUUGUGAUGCCCUUACAGGAAUUUGUAAGUGUUUGGGUUCGAGAUCCUAGGAUUCAGAAGGAGGACUUCUGGCAUUCUUAUAUUGACUAUGAGAUAUGUAUUCAUACCAAUAGCAUGUGUUUUACAAUGAAAACAUCCUGUGUACGAAGAAGAUAUAGAGAAUUUGUGUGGCUGAGGCAGAGACUCCAAAGUAAUGCAUUACUGGUACAACUGCCAGAACUUCCAUCUAAAAACCUAUUUUUCAACAUGAACAAUCGCCAGCAUGUAGAUCAACGCCGUCAGGGUUUGGAAGAUUUCCUCAGAAAGGUCCUACAGAAUGCACUUCUGCUUUCAGAUAGCAGCCUUCACCUCUUCCUGCAAAGCCAUCUGAAUUCAGAAGACAUCGAGGCAUGUGUUUCCGGGCAGACUAAGUACUCUGUAGAAGAAGCAAUUCACAAGUUUGCCUUGAUGAACAGACGUUUCCCUGAAGAAGAAGAAGAAGGAAAAAAAGAAAAUGAUAUAGAUUAUGAUUCAGAAAGUUCAUCCUCUGGGUUUGGACAUAGUAGUGAUGACAGCAGUUCACACGGAUGUAAAAUGAGCACAGCUCUGCAGGAAUCCUGAAAAAUAAUUCUAAUGUUACCAUUUUAGGAAUAGCAAACUGUGUCCAGUCAUAGAGCAGAAAGCUUGCUAAUAAUAUAUUCUUACCUAAAGCUCACUGUCAUAUUAAGUAUUUAAAUUCGUAAAGAUGUUGUGU